CUGAUUAGCUUGUAUCUACUCCAGCGUUUAGUUCGGUGACUGGCACAUAGUAAACGUUUUAUAAAUUCCAUAGAGUCACCUGCCCUCUGACUGAAACUGGCAUUUUCUCUGACUAUUGGAACUAAAAUAUCCUCUUCAAAAACCUCAUUAUUCGAUCGCAAGAAGAAAAUUCAGUUAAUGGGUAGUGCCUGGUAUGUUUUAAGAAAAAAACACCUACUUUUUAAACAAAGAUUUGUUCUAUUGAAACAUUUUUUCUCGUCGAGUUAUGACGACCAUUUAUAACUUUGUUAAUCGCUGCUGGAUAUGGUUAGUGCUUUUGGAAAGUUCUAAAAAUCGCCAGAUUUAAGAAAAAUCUGCAACUUCACGACUCCUUAUUCUUUUUAACAAAACCCGAAUUCACUUGCUUACUAGAGGAAUUUUAGGCUUUGUCAAAAUGUAUAUAUCCUGGAUUUGCUCACUUUAUGUCAGAAAAGCAAGCUUACUAGCAUCGUAAAGAUCUAAGGAAAAAAAUAGACAAUCAAGCGAGACUUUGAAUUGAGAAACUUAAUUUGAUGAGUUUUCAGAGAGAAAAUAAUUUUCGGUAUGGACGCGUGGUGGCGCUGCAGGAUAAGAAGGAGAAGAACGAGAACUGCUGAUGCCUCGGACUCCAUUAUUCAUCGAAAGAGAGGCAGGGGGGACUGACAGAAGCAGUGCGGAUUUGUCCUCAGUGCCGGGGAAGGGUCGGAGUCUUCAUCAAAGGCUGCUAGCAGUACAUUAAAAAAUUGGAAAACCUCGAAAGGAGCUUCACCUGGUCUCGGAUUGCCGUUAACAGGUUCUAUAUCUGUGAGAAUAAGCCGGCUUUUACACCAGAAAAAAUGGAAGCCAAAGGGGAGACUAUUCGGCUGAUAAGGCAAGUUGCAUUUCUUAUUAUUUCUUUUAAUGUUUCGGAAGUCGUGUCGGAUUCAGUUCGGUAUUCGGUAUUGGAGGAAUCGGAGAGCGGUUCUUUUGUGGCUAACGUGGCAAAGGACCUGGGGCUUAAUAUCAGGGAUCUCUCUGCCCGGGAAGCUCGGAUCGUUUCCAAAGGUGACAAAUCGUAUUUCCACCUCAACCGCCAGACGGGGGAUUUGCUGUUAAAUGAGAAACUCGACCGGGAGGUCCUAUGUGGGCAGAAGGAGCGCUGCGUUGUGAAUUUCCAAAUUUUACUAGAAAAUCCUUUAGAAUUUUAUGGAGCUGAGGUAUCAGUGGGCGAUAUAAACGACAAUUCUCCGGUGUUCCUGGACAAGGAAGUGACUUUGAAUAUACCGGAAAAUACUCCUGUAGGAACGGAAUUUAAAAUGCAAAGUGCCCAGGAUAUAGAUGUUGGGAACAAUAGCCUCCAAGCCUACAGCAUCAGCUCCACUUCCUAUUUCCACAUUAACACUCGCAGUCGCAGUGACGGCAGGAAAUUCCCGGAGCUGGUAUUGGAUAAAGCGCUAGAUCGGGAGCAGCAGGCUGAAUUCCACCUAACCAUCACGGCUCUGGAUGGCGGGUCUCCGCCCAGAUCCGGAACUGCCGAGAUUCACGUUCUUGUCGUGGACAUUAAUGACAACGCCCCUGAGUUCACUCAACCGCGAUAUGAGGUUCAGAUUCCUGAAAAUAGUCCCGCGGGAUCACUAGUUUCCAUUGUCUCCGCUCAAGAUUUUGACGCAGGAAACUAUGGGGAAAUUAAAUACACCUUUUUCCAUGCCUCUGAAGAAAUUCGCAAUAGUUUUAAAAUAAAUCCAGUAUCGGGGGAAAUUCGAGUAAGAGGAAAAUUGGAUUUUGAGUUUAGGCAGUCGUACGAGAUCGAAAUUGAAGCAAGAGAUGGUGGGGGCCUCUCUGGAAAAUGUACUCUUCUUGUUCAGGUCAUUGAUGAGAACGACAAUUCGCCCACUAUCAGUAUGUCGUCAAUUACGAGCCCCAUCCCCGAGAACUCGCCUGAAACUGUGGUCGCCCUUUUCAGUAUUAGAGAUUUAGACUCCGGGGACAAUGGUAAAAUGGUUUGCUCAAUUCAGGACGAUCUGCCUUUCCUUCUCAAACAAACGUUCGAGAACUUCUACACUCUGGUGACGGACCGAGCUCUGGAUAGAGAGGGACAGUCCGAAUACAACAUCACCAUCACUGUCACGGAUUUGGGUUCUCCCAGCCUCAAAACGGAGCAAAAUAUAACGGUGCUGAUUUCCGAUGUUAAUGAUAACCCUCCGGUGUUCAAUCAAACAUCAUACACGUUCUAUGUGCGGGAAAACAACAGCCCCGCUCUGCUUAUCGGCAGUGUACAUGCUAUGGACAGAGAUUCUGGACAGAACGCCAGUGUGACCUACUCCCUCCUGCCCUCCGAGACCGGUGAACUUCCCCUGCCCUCUUUCAUCUCCAUCAACUUGGACAAUGGCAAUCUUUACGCUCUGAGAUCCAUGGAUUACGAAGCCAUUCGGGAGUUCCAGUUUGAAGUGAGGGCUGUUGACGGCGGCUCUCCAGUCCUGAGCAGCCAGGCGAUGGUUCGGGUGGUGGUUCUGGAUGACAAUGACAACAGUCCCUUCGUCCUAUAUCCUCUGCAGAACGGCACCGCUCCCUGCAAUGACCUGGUCCCCAGAUGGGCGGAGGCCGGCUACCUGGUGACCAAGGUGGUGGCGGUGGACGCGGACUCGGCUCAGAACUCUUGGCUUUCCUUCCAGCUGCUCAAGGCUACGGACCCUGGACUCUUCAGUGUGUGGUCUCACAAUGGGGAAGUCCGAACCACGAGGCUCAUCACCGAUCGAGACGCCAUCAAGCAGAGACUCAUUGUCUUGGUGAAGGACCAUGGGGAGCCGCCUCUGUCCACCUCGGCGACUUUGCAUGUGUUUCUUGUGGACGGCUUUUCAGAACCCUAUUUACGGCUCCCGGAAUUACCUAGGGAAGAUGAGCCUGAGGACUCACUCACGAUGUAUUUAGUCAUUGCUCUGGCCUCCAUCUCAUUCCUCUUCCUCUUCUCGGUGAUCGUCUUCAUUGUAGUGAAGCUGUGGAGCAGGAGAAAAGAGCACGCUGAUGCGCCCAGCCUGGGCACCGAUGGCCAUUUCCCGGGACAUUUGGUGGAUGUGAACGGCACCGGGACCCUGUCCCACAGUUACCACUAUGAGGUGUGUUUAACCACUGGGUCCGGGAACAACGAGUUCCAGUUUCUCAAACCCGUUAUUCCCAGCCUCCCGGCUCAGGGCGCCUUCCAGGAUGUUCAGGAUAGUUCCCCUUGCCGACAGAGUUUAGUUUUGAGUAACGGACCAGAAUCUUUUCCAGUGCAAAAUUGGCCCUAACACAAUUUUCCCCCGUCUUGUUCUUUUAAAGCGACAAAAUGGGUAAUCAGGUAGUUUAUUAAUUUGAUUUCCUAUUAAAAAAUAGAUUUUCAUAACACUCAUUAUCAGGACUAUUACUUUUGUCAGUGCAUAAGAAAAUUUUGAAGGAUCCAAACACUUGGAUAGCAUUGUUCAUUGAAUGUUUUUAUUGUUUGUGUCCAAGGAAAAUUGAAAUGUCUUCUUAUCUUUUCAUUUCAAUAAAACACACUACUUAAAGUGUAUCUAUUAUA